GUGUUGAUACUUCUUUGGCUCGCCUCUUUUGGCAAACUCCAAGUCAGUCUAGACUUUAUAAGCAGUUUCAUGAUACACAUAAUAGUAAAUGUGAAGAACUCUUCAAAAGUAGAUGGCAACAGUUAGUACAUGAUUUUUUUGAAUAUGAAAAGUACUUGCGCCGUUUAUACAGAUCACGACAUGUAUGGGCUUUAGUUUAUAUAUAUUCAACCUUUUGUGCGGGUAUGAACAGUACACAACGUGUUAAGAGCAUUAAUGGUGUAUUAAAAGCUGAAAUUGGUGCACGAACAACGCUUAUAAAAUUAGUAGAAAGCAUCGAAAAGCAGAUUGAAAAUGAAGCAAAAUGCCAACGUGAAUCUGAAUAUCGAAAUCAGCUCCUAUCUAAUGAUUAUUCAAAAUAUACAUCUGGAUUUAUCGAAGAUGAUUAUCAAGAGAGUCGCGUUUUACUUUCAUCAAUGCUAAAAUUA